AUGAUACCAGUUCUUGGUCCUCUCUGCCUUUGCCUUCUUCUCCACAUCGUCGCCCAACUUGUGGCCGGUGAUUCACAACUUAUCUACACUCCAGUUGAAGAUAUAACCAUUGCCUGUGGCGAAUCCGGCACCCAAAUCAGUAAGUUUGAUAACCGAACUUGGAACACAGAUAUCAAUUCAGAAUUCUUCCCAAUGGAACAAGACCAAGUUGGUAACAGUACAUCCCAAGUCAGAAAAGCACCAUCAUCGUCCUUCACAGGCAGAGUACCCUACACCACCGCGAGGCUUUCUCACUCCGAAUUCACUUACACAUUUACGUUAACUACUGGCCAAAAGUUCAUACGCUUGUACUUCUACCAUGCUUCGUAUGCUGACUUUGAUCGCUCCAAAGCCUUGUUUUCCGUCAAAGCUGGCGGCUAUACUCUUCUACAAGACUUCAAUGCUUCAGCCACUGUGGAUGCUUCUGGGGUGGAGACGAUAUACAAGGAGUUCUGCUUGAACAUAUAUGGUGGAGAUCAGAGUCUAAACAUCACAUUCAUUCCAAGCAAAGCCGAGCAGGCAUACGCCUUUAUCAACGGAAUCGAGAUUGUGUCCAUGCCGACUUAUCUUUACUACACCGCACCUCAAAGCAACGGGCCUGCUUAUAUAGGCGAGGAAGGCAACUUUCCAAUUGGGGAAAACACUGCUAUGGAGAUGUUUUACAGAAUCAACAUUGGUGGCAGCCCCGUCUCAUCCAAUCAAGACACUGGAAUGUACCGGAAUUGGGAUGGUGAGGAUGAAACCUACUUGGAUGAAUCAAGUAGAAAUAUAACUGUUUCACCAUCCAAUCCAAGCAUUCAACUCAAGUUUGGCAGAAUACCUGAAUACAGUGCGCCGAAAGAAGUUUACAAAACAGGCCGGUCAAUUGACACCAACAAGACAAACAACAGGAGCUACAAUCUCACCUGGGAAUUUCAUGUAGAUUCUAACUAUCCUUACCUGGUUAGGCUGCAUUUUUGUGAGAUCGAAAUUUUCAAGAUAGGAGGAGAGCGGACUUUUGUAAUUUACAUAGGCAAUCAAGCCGUUGAUACAGCAGACAUAGUCGGAUGGAGUGGUGGAAAUGGGAUACCAGUAUACAGAGACUACGUGGUUGCCUUGUCUGACCUGGGAAGGCAGAAGAAAGUAAGUCUAUUUAUCACGCUGCAAGCAUUCCAAAUGGACUGGACGAUUGAAUACAACAAUGCAAUUCUGAACGGGCUUGAAAUUUUGAAACUGAUCAACUCAAAAGACCAGCAAACCGGAAGUAGCACCAACCCGAAGGUGACACUGCUAAGCCCAAGAACUUCAAAGAAUUCAACUCAUAUGCUGGUCAUCGUUGCUGGUGUAAUUUCCAGCAUAGUAGUAUUCUCUGCAUUUGGAAUCUUCGUUUUCAGGCAAAGACAGAAAGUUUCCGGCAACAGCCACAGUACAAUGAAAUUAACAAUGACCCCCAGCUCAUCUUCACCGUCUUAUUUGUGUCGUUACUUCUCACUGGCAGAGAUCAAAGCCGCCACCAAGAACUUCCAUCAAACUUCAGUUAUUGGUGUUGGAGGAUUCGGCAAUGUGUACAAGGGAUGCAUUGAUGGUGGAGCCACUCCUGUUGCAAUUAAACGACUGAAACCAGAGUCAUCCCAGGGUGCCCAUGAGUUCAAGACAGAAAUUGAGUUGCUCUCCCAACUUCGUCAUCGCCAUUUGGUUUCACUCAUUGGAUACUGUACUGAUAAAGGUGAGAUGAUCCUGGUAUAUGAUUACAUGGCUCGAGGAUCCCUCCGUGAUCAUCUCUAUCACACCAAUAACUCAACUCUUUCUUGGGAUCAACGGCUUCAGAUUUGUAUUGGCACGGCUCAAGGGCUACAAUACCUUCAUGGCGGUGCCAAGGGAACCAUCAUUCACCGUGACGUGAAGAGCACAAACAUCUUAUUGGAUGAGAAAUGGGUGGCCAAGGUUUCAGAUUUUGGGUUGUCAAAAGUGGGGAGCGCCAACAUGUCCAAGACUCACAUAAGCACGGUAGUGAAGGGUAGCUUCGGGUAUCUAGACCCAGAAUACUACCGACGCCAAAGAUUAACUGAGAAGUCUGAUGUCUACUCAUUUGGUGUAGUUUUGUUUGAGGUACUAUGUGCAAGGCCAGCUGUGAUAAAUACAGAGGAGAUGAGGCAAAUGAACUUAUCUGAGUGGGCCAAAAGUUGUCUUCACAAGGGGGAACUUGAUCAAAUCAUCGACCCAAGCUUAACAGGUAAAAUCGCAACGGAGAGCUUAAAUAAGUUUGUUGAGAUUGCAAUGAGCUGUGUGCAUGAAAAUGGUGUUGAAAGGCCGUCGAUGGAUGAUGUUCUCAGGGGGCUUGAGUUUGCAUUGCAGAUUCAUCAUAGCCCAGAGAAGGAUAUCAACUCCAUUGAAAGAAAGGUAAAAACUGAACCAAGUAGUCGAGAACCAAGUUGUGCAACCAAGGAUUCCAUUACAUGUAUAUCUGAGACAAUCUUCUCUGAGAUCAACAAUCCAAGUGGGAGAUGAUGAGCAUCGUAUUUGAAG